GCCUUCUUCUGUUCGUUGGCUUUCUCUGAUCUACAGAGAGGCGCUGAGGCGCAGAGAUUUGAAGAAAGGCAAUCCUGAACUUAGAUUUUGUCGCAGCAUCGAAGCUCUUCUCAUCACAUUGUAGCAUCGAAGCCAAGAUGUUUCAUAUCAGCAACAGCGUCAUAGGUUUCCUCAACGUUCUCACCCUCCUCAUAUCCUUCCCCAUCAUCGGCACCGGCCUCUGGCUUCGCGCACACGCCGCCUCCGUGUGCGAAAAGUUCCUCCUAUGGCCGAUUAUAAUCAUCGGCCUCUUCUUGAUGGUGGUGGCUUUGCUCGGGCUCUUCGGAUCUUGCUGCAAUGUGUCGUGUUUUCUGUGGAUUUAUCUCUCUGUUAUGUUUCUGAUGAUUGUCGGGCUCUUUUGUUUCACGAUAUUCGCCAUUGUUGUUACCAAUAAAGGGAUCGGUGAGGCGGUCUCGGGGAAAGGAUAUAAGGAGUAUAAGCUUGCGGAUUAUACAAUUUGGUUGCAGAACAGGGUUGGGGAUUUCCAAACUUGGGGGCGGAUUAAGAGCUGUUUGGUUGAUGCUGGGGUUUGUGGAGAAGUUCAGCUCUUGGUUUUUCAGCAGUCCGAUGAUUUCUAUAUGCAAGGCAUAUCUUCCAUACAGUCAGGUUGCUGUAAGCCACCUUCCGAUUGUCGGUACAAACAAGUGAAUGCCACAUACUGGACAGUCUCAAAAUCAGAUAAUCCUAAUUCAAAUGAUAUUGAUUGUAAGACAUGGAGCAAUGAGCAGAAUCGCUUGUGCUUUGACUGCAACUCAUGCAAAGCUGGAGUACUUGCGAAUAUAAAAAUGCAAUGGAGGAAACUUGCAAUUUUCAAUGUUGGCCUCCUUGUGUUUCUCAUUGUCAUUUAUUCAAUUGGCUGCUGUGCCUUUAGGAAUAGUUGUAAAGAUAACCAAUAUUUACGUUACAGAGGUUAUAAUUAAA